CAGACUCUGUUAAUCCAUGUCUAAUUGCACAAAUAAGUACACCGUACAAUCAUUGCCGUCGACGCACCUAGCCAACCCAACAACACGCACGGCAAACUCCCUCGUCCAGGAUGACGAUCACCGAGCACCCGGAGAAACGCCGCCGGGCCGCACCACCCCCGGCCGCCAUUCCACAAGACCUGCUACUCUCCGAGGUCCUGCCGCGUCUGCCCGCGAAACACCUCGCGCGCUUCAAGUGCGUCUGCCGCUCCUGGCGCGCCGCCGUCGAGAGCGACCCCGCGUUCGUCCGCCGCCACCUCGAGCUGUCCCGCGCGGCGCCGCCGUGCAUCCUCGUCAUCCCGUGCGAAGAAUUCUACAACGACGACGACGACGACGACGACGACGACGACGGAGCCAUGUCCGGGGAGAUCAGCUUCCACCGUCUCAUUCUGGGCGAGGCACCUGGCACCGCCGACGUCGAGCUCGUGUUCGACAAGUCGUGGCCAGAGGGCAUCGCGCACGGCGUCCUCCCCACCCACUGCGACGGCCUCGUCGCGGUCGCCACGGCCGCGGACCAGAUAUUCGUCUGCAACCCGGCGACCAGGGAGUUCGUGGCCCUGCCGCCGGGCAGCCGCGACGUCCUCGACGUCAAGGCGCCGGCGGCGGCGCUCGGCUACGACCCGCUGCGCAACAGGUACGUGGUCGCCCGCUACUUCUACCGGAAAUACGACCUGUCCAAGGACGUGGCGUCCGGCGCGCUCUCGCUGGACUACGAGAUCGGCCACGAGACCUUCACGCUCGGCAGCGGCGGCGGCGACGGCUGCUGGGAGCCCACGGCUGACCCGCCGCACGCCAUCGGGCCGGCGAGGCCGGUGUGCACGCGGGAGGCCUUCUACUGGUGCACGGCCGUGCGCCGGCCGAGCGCGCUGCUGCGGUUCAGCCUGCGCGACAGGGCGUUCGACGUGGUGCCGUGCCCGCCGGGCGCCGACUACGUCCACGGCGUCGACCACCUGACCGAGCUCGCCGGCAAGCCGUGCUACGUCCAGCCCGCCACGGAGACGGCCUUCGACUUCUGGGUGGCGGACGACGACGGUGGGCCACGGCCCGAGUGGACGCUCCGGUGCCGCGUCGACUUCGCGGACUACGGCCCCAGCGUCGGCUCCGACGCCUUGUCGGUGGUCGCCGCCGUCGGGGACGAGAUGAUGAUAGCCGCCGAUCACCGGAACCUUUACAGCUGCGACGGCCGCCGGCGGAAAGGUGCGCGGCUGUUGGUGGACAUGGAGGAAGAGCUGGCGUACGAGCGACCGGACGGGAGCACGUACGAUGGCGAGCUGUUGCACCACGUCGUCCCGUACGUGGAGAGUCUGGUGUCGAUUGGGAAGUGCAACUACUGACAACGAUCAAGACAACUAAGGAUUUUGGGACUGCUUCGCUUCAAGUUUUGCAGUUCCGCUCCAGAUUCAUCUUGCCAAACAUCUCCAGCUCCAACUAUACCAACUUCAGAAAAAAGUUGGAUGGAAAUUACCCACCAAUACCUCUGUUUACACAUACUGCUUUGAGAGGAAAAAAAGGAACGCCUCGCGACGCGUCUCCUGUUCUGCCGCCACUCCCUCACGACGCGUCUCUCUCCCUCGCGAUGCCUCUUCC